AUGAUAUCUCGUUAUUCAUUUCACCAAGGUAAUCCCAAGUGGCGCAGGGAAACCCUAAGCUACGCGUUCGACUGGAAUGUCCCAAACGCGGCGAAACCACCGCUAGAGAGUGCACUGAAAGAGUGGCAAUCGUCAACACAUUUUAAAUUUUAUCCUGCGAAAAAAUUCAGUCGAGCGGAUAUUAAACUUAGCUUUAUGAGUGGGGACCACGGGGAUGGGCAUCCAUUCCCCGGCAGAGGCCCCACAGUUUCCCUCCACCGAACGGGAGGGUCCACUUCGACUUGCACCGGAAUUGGUCUUGGGCCGGUAAAAGAGAUGCUUACGAUGCCAGGCUGUUGUUCAGGACGCCUUCCUUGUCCUGUCGAGCAAAGAAAUCCGAAUCCAAUCGAGCCACGGCCCAUCAUCAUCAUCCUCGGAGGCAGCGGACAUGGAGGAUGA